GAGGGCGCUUGAACACUGCUUUCAUUCAUUAAAAGGAGCGUGGCGCGUGUCCUGCACUCUUACAUUUAAUCAAGUGUGCGCAUUGUUUAAAUCAAGUCACCCCUUUUCACCAAUUCAUGCCCAUUGUCAUUUUGUUCUACUCACGUCUGGACUUGACCUGAAGCUUUACCUUUCACAUUUCACAUGAUCAGAUCUGUUUUUACCUCUUCGUGUGGAGGGAGGGUGUGGAGAAAUCUAGGAAGUGGAGCUUUUUUUUGGAGCAGGGCGGCGGGUGCUGCGACGGUAAUCCCACUUUCUCAGGUAAAACUUCGGAUUGAGGAACUAAUCUUUGCCAUAAAACGUGGAAAUACUUAGUCCUGGAGUUGAGGAGGGGGUUUCGGAGUCUGUUUGAGCUGAAAACGCGCUGAUUUUCUUCCUAAAGUUGUGAAGUUUGUUUACCGGAGCGCUACAUUUUUUUUCGUGUCUUUUGCGCUGUCAUAAAGAGCUCCCCUGCGCAAGAUGGACUGACAAAGUAAAAGUGGGUGCUGUGUGAUGCUGAGGUGGGUCUAUGUGGUACAGGAUGAGCGCUCUGAGUCGUCCCGGGUCCCUGGACCACUGCCCCUCCGAGGCCCGUGUGGUCCAGAUCUAUCCCCAACCAGCCCAGGACACCACUACCUACUGCCCCCUGCAGAUCACUCAUGGAGACACGGCGCGAGCGGUCAUCAAAAACGCAGUGCUCAUGUUAGGCCUGGAUUCAAACCAGUCCUAUAAACUGGUAGAAGUUAAGAAAACUGAUGAGGAGGAAAAACAACUGGACUGUGACGAUUUCCCAUUGGAUUUAGUGCUUCUGUGGCCCCCCAAAACCCAAAAAUGGCAUCCUAAAACUGACGGCUACUACUUUAUUCUAAAGGAAGUCCCAAAUGGCAAAAGCAGUAGCGAAGAAUAUGAUGAUCUAUGCAACCUCACUGACAUUACAGAGGACAGUAUUACACAAACUCUCCGCGAACGAUUUUACAAACUCAAAAUUUACACAUAUACGGGCAACAUCCUAAUUGCCAUCAACCCCAAUAAGUGUCUACCAGUUUAUUAUAAUCCAAAAUAUGUCAAAAUGUAUGAAAAUCAGCCACUGGGUAAGCUCAGUCCUCAUAUAUUCGCUAUAGCUGCGGCUGCCUAUAGAAAUAUGCUAAAUAGCCAAACAAAUCAGUGUAUUGUGAUUUCUGGAGAGAGUGGAUCGGGAAAAACGGAGAGUUGUAGUUUUUUGGUGCAUUGUCUGACAGCUCUGAGCCAGCAGACCUACUCAAGUGGACUGGAGAGGAUCAUACUUGGAGCAGCGCCAGUGUUGGAGGCUUUUGGAAACGCUAAGACCGUAGAGAAUAACAACUCUAGUCGCUUCGGGAAGUUCAUCCAGUUAAACUAUCUGGAGAGUGGAGUCAUCAGAGGGGCAGUUAUUGAAAAGUACCUUCUGGAAAAAUGCCGGUUGGUGUUUCGGAACAAGAAUGAAAGAAACUACCAUGUUUUCUACUAUCUUUUGGUGGGAGCCUCCAAAGACGAGCAGAAGGAAUUCCAUCUCUUAAGGCCACAGGAUUAUCACUACGUCAGACAGGGAGACUUGCAGUUGGACGAUGAGGAGAGCCUUGGGCAGGAGUACAAGAGGCUGCAUCAGGCCAUGGAGAUGGUUGGCUUUCUCCCAUCCACCAAAAAACAAAUAUUUUCCAUUCUCUCCGUGAUCCUGCACCUGGGAAACCUGACGUACUCCCGGGACACUCGAGGCCUGAAGGUCGGACCAGACGAUGUCCUGGAAACUCUGUCUGAACUGCUCAAAGUCAAAAAGGAGGUGCUCCUAAAGGCUCUGACCACGAGGAGAACAGUCGCCACUAAUGCAAUUGUCCUGUCAAAAUACACAGUAGAGGAGGCUGCUAAAAUGCGGGACUCAAUGGCGAAGUCUUUGUACAGUGCUCUGUUCGACUGGAUCAUUUUCCACAUCAACCACGCUCUGUUCAACCGACGCGACAUGGAGGAGUCUGUGGCUUGCUUAACAAUUGGGGUCCUGGACAUGUUUGGAUUUGAGGACCUGCAGAAAAACAGCUUUGAGCAGCUGUGCAUCAAUUACACCAAUGAGAAACUACAAUAUUACAUCAACCACCACAUCUUUACACUUGAACAGGAGGACUAUGCAUCAGAGGGCCUUGUGUGGCAAACCAUUGACUUCACGGACAACAUCGACUGUAUCAACUUAAUGAGUGGGAAACCAACAGGGCUGUUUGAACUACUGAAUACAGAAAUCAGCCUUCCUGACGCCAGCGAUAAAAAUCUGUUGAAAAAGAUGAUGCAGCAUCAUCAGGACAGUCCUUUCUUUGAGACAAACUCUGACUCAAUAUUCACCAUCCAGCACUUUGCCGGCAGCGUCACUUACAACAUAAAGGAUUUUGUGGAGAAAAACUGUGAGCACAUGCGUCCAGAGGUGGUGUCUCUCCUCCGCAGUAGUGAGAGGGCUUUUCUGCACCACCUGGUCUGCUCUAGUCAUCAGGCCCUGUUCAGGUGGGGCGUCGUACGAGCCACCAUCCGAAUCAUCUCGGUGUUCAAACACCUGGCCCGCAGAAGAGCAGAACUACUGGCUGCCAAACGCCCAUCUUGUAAAUCUUUAAAAGAAUUGAAACGUAAUUCUGCGCGUCUGUCCAGUAACAGCUGGACUUUGGAUUUCUCUUUCGAUCGAUCAGAUGAACAACCUCUGGAUGUUUUUGAGGACAUCUUUGCAAACUAUGAAAAAAGAACAAAAAAUAAAGGAGGGCGACAAAAACAGCUCAUCCCAAAGAAUUUGAUGGAUCUACGGUCACUCCAACACAUUGUCGGUGUCACUGUUCACGAUAAAACUGGUAAAGCCACGCCACACCUUGAUGGGCUCAUCGCUCCCCCUACUGUCUGCACUCAGUUCCAGGCAUCUCUUCAGAAACUCCUAGAAAGAAUUGAAAAAUCUCAACAGUUCUUUAUAGUCUGCUUACGCUCCAAUAAUGAAAAGAAGGAGAUGCACUUUGACUCUGAACUCAUCAAGCGUCAGGUUCAUAACACAGGUUUAGUUCAGAUGGUCCUGAUGCAAAAGGCGGGAUACACUGCCAAAUACACUUUUAAGGAUUUUGUGGAGAAAUUUAGGAUGUUGCUUCCAAAAGGGGCCACUCCAACUCCAAAGCAUAUCUCACAACUUCUGGAGAAAAUGAAACUUAACAAGUCCACGUACCAAUUAGGAAAGACGAAGCUGUUUUUAAAGGAGAACGAGCGUCAGUUUCUCCGGGACGCUCAGAACACUGUGGUUAUGCAUCAUAUCGUGGUUUUGCAGAGAUGGUUCAGAUCCUGUUUAAUUCGGAUCCACUUCCUCCAAAAGAGAGAUGCUACUCUGAUCAUUCAGAAAUGUUGGCGUGAGUUUUAUGAAAAGCAGAAUCGGGCGGCCACAGUGAUCCAGACGGCCUGGAGGACGUCACUAAAGUCUCCAAAGAGUGAACAUGACCAGAGGGGGCGGACCAGGACGGGACGGGACAGUUUGUCAAAAAAGGAGCUGAAGAGGCAAGCUCAGAUCGAAGUUAGCCCAAACCGAAUGCCUCAGUCUGGAUCAGGAGGGAGCACCCCUCCUCUGCAUCGCCCACUUUCAUUGCCCUCUGACACCACUGCCUACACAGAGGACAGCCCCACCAAGAGCUCCCUGCAGAGGUACAAGGACGUGGGAGCGAUCAAGGAGAAGGCGGACCGCUGGAGGGAGAGGCUGAGCGAGGGCGAGCCCACCGACGACUCUAGUCCAGAGCGGCACAGACGGGCACGCAGACGAGAUGAAUAUCAUAACAAAGGAAAAUCCAUGUCGGCCGAUGAACUGUCCAUACAAAGCUCUUCUGACAGCUCACCCUCUGCAGGAGAGGAUGUGGUGCAACUGCGAAAGAAACCCAAACGUAAACGCCGAUUAGCCUACGCCCGCAGUGGUUUGGGCAUUAACUUUGGCAGCUCCAGAGAGAGUGAGUUUUGGACCUUUCCCCUGCCUCCCAUGAGCCCCCAUGUGCCCAAUCUGAAGACCUCGGUCAGUACCAUGGAUGUGCGGGCCGUAUCCAGGCUGGAGAAGAUUCCCUCUGAAACUGAUGGAUCGAGGUACAGUCUUCCACCAAGAAACUCUGAAGAUGAAGGAAACCAAACUCUUACUACCCCUGAGAGGGUUUGGUUUCUGAGUAGAUUCCUAAAGAAGCGAACACCAAAGUAUAUCUCCAGCCAUGUAUCUACCCACGAUAAAUCUGUUACAUUGCCACGAUACUCGCCUCACCCAUACCACAUGCCCAACCAGCAGAGCAGCAGAGCCCAGCGAAACCCCACCAUCCACAUCAGCCGUGCCACCAGGGCCUUGGAGUGGAAUGCCUCCCUGGACCGAGAUAUCACAGACCCCAAAGAACUCAGGAACCUCGACGAAUACCUCGGGAAUCAGGUGAAUGAACUGAAAUCGAGAGUCAAAGAGCUAUCGCCAACAGAGACAAUUUUCCUCACAGCAACAAUGGAGUUCAGAGAGACCAUCAAAAGCAUGUUCUCAGUCCAGAAGCCUCAAAUAGCAUACAAAGAUCUGAUGAAGGGCUACCAGAACAAAGUGAACUCAUUGGCUGGGCCCAAACAGAAAGCUGAGGUGUCGCUGGUGGUGAAUCUGUUCCAGUCUGUGCUUGACAUCUUUGUGAGAGGAUUAAAACGCACUGAGUCAGAGCCCGUCAAGCCAAAUAAACAAACCAAAAAGAGACGGAAAAAGGAGAAAUGUCCUGACAGCCCCUUGGACCACCUUUUCAGCACAUACCAAGUUAACAUCAUGCAGUCAUGUGACUUAUGUGGUUCCUAUAUUUGGGGAAUGGAGAAGGCUUACAUGUGCAGUGCUUGCAAGUUAAUAUGCCACAAGAAAUGCCUUAGCAAAAUCAUUACCGAUUGCUCAACACGCUGCUCCAGGAUGGAUGAUCACGUCCCUGGCUCGCUGCAUUUUGGGGUGCAGGUGUGUGUCCUCACCAGUAAAGCAAACCCAGUGCCUAAAGUGGUGGAGCUUCUGCUGAUGCAUGUGGAGCUCAAUGGCCUUUACACGGAGGGAAUCUACAGGAAGUCCGGGUCAGCCUGCCGCGCUCGAGAACUGCACCAAAUCCUCGAGACCAAUCCUGAAGCUGCGUGUUUGGACAACUACCCGAUCCACACCAUCAGUGGCCUGGUUAAACGCUGGCUCAGAGAACUGCCUGACCCUUUGAUGACCUUUGCCCUGUACAAUGACUUUCUACAUGCUGUCGAAUUGCCAGAGAGAUCAGAGAGAAUCCGUGCUGUCUAUCAAAAAGUCGAUGAACUUCCUCCUUCUAAUUACAACACAUUGGAGCGCCUAAUUUUUCAUCUCGUCAGAGUUGCCAAAGAGGAAGAUCAUAAUAAGAUGUCUCCUAACUCUCUGGCCAUUGUCUUUGCUCCGUGUGUCCUGCGCUCUCCAGAUUCGGAUGACCCUUUCCUUGGCAUGAAGGACGUGGCUAAGAUAACAAUGUGUGUGGAGAUCUUGAUCACGGAACAAUUCAGACGAUACAAAGAGAUGAUGCAGAACAUUCAGGAGCUGGAGUACGCAGAGGCCCUUGCAGUGAAAGAACUUCACCUCCGCAGGCAAAACACGGUUGUUGAAAAAACCCCAGACCUGGAGAUCCCUGAACACACCGAUUCUGAUGAAACUGAAAAGACACUCAUCGAUAGAAUCAAGUCGAUAAAACAGGAAAAGGUGGAUUUGGCCUGCAGGUUGCCUGAUCUGGAGCAGGAGCACUCUGAUAAUGAUAAUCUGGACUCGUCUUCAUCAAUGAGCACAGAGAGCCUCGAGGACCGCCUGAAAAGCCUUGAUUCGGAAGGGAAGCUGACAUUACGAUUGUCAAACAGGAAGCCUGAAUCGCCCACAAACCCGACAGAUCUGGCACAGAGAGUAAGGAGUUUGAGAGCACAAACAGACGAUGAACCAUUUGAGUUUUUACCUGGUGACCCUUUGCAUUCUCCGACAACAAAAGACAAAUCUUCAACGAUAGAAAAACAAGGGAGCUUUGACGAUCUAGACAUCCCAUAUAUUGAUGCGGAUGAAGACCAAACUUGACUUAUGCAAAAA